AUACGGUUGUACCAAAUUUGUCUAUAUGAUCACUAGAGUCCCUCCUACAAUACUCAAGCCACUCAAAUUUUCCUUGUGAACACUUUCAAAGUAAAGACAAUGGCAAUGGGUGCAAGUGAGGUUCAGCAAGCUGUAGAAAACAUUUACUCCUUUGUUCCCACCCUUGUUCUCAAAGCAGCCAUACUCCUCAACAUUCCUGAUAUUAUCGCAAAUGCAGGCCUCAAUGCAUCCCUUUCUCUUGGUGAGAUCGCAGAAAAACUGCCCACUAAAACUCUCAAUCUGCAUUGUCUUUCUCGCAUUCUCAAAUACCUCUCAUUCAGAGGCAUUUUUGUCCAAACCCAGAAGGGCGAGAAUCCAAGAGAUGCUCGAUACAGUCUCACUGAUUCUGCCAGGAUGUUUUAUGUUAGGGAGAAUAAUCCAACAAGCCUUGUGCCAGUCCUCUUCAUGCUCACACACCCAAUGUUAAUGGCGCCAUGGCACCAUCUUCAUGAAUGUGUGCUUCAAGACUCCAAUGCAUUCGAGAAGGCUCAUGGAAAAGACUUGUGGGCAUACGAGAAGGAUGACCCGGCUGUCAACGACGUUUUCAACAAUUCCAUGUCCACGCUUACAGUUCUUGGUAUGGGGCAAAUCCUGAGCUGCUAUGACGGUUUUAAGGAGCUGACAACUUUGGUUGAUGUCGGCGGAGGAAAAGGAACGGCCUUGGCACACAUUGUUAAGGUUUAUCCCCACAUCCAUGGAAUUAAUUUUGAUCUUCCUCAUGUUGUUCAGACUGCCCCAUCAGUCCCAGGUAUCGAGAACGUGGCUGGCAGUAUGUUCGAUAGCAUACCCUCAGCAGACGCCAUAUUUUUUAAGAAUGUAUUGACAGACUGGGAUGAUGAGAGCUGCCUAAAGAUACUUCAAAAUUGCCACAAGGCUUUGCCUAAAAGUGGACGACUGAUACUGGCAGAAACCAUGACAGCGGAGGACUCAAAUUCCUAUGAAUCUAAUGAAAUGGUUUUCGAUCUGGUUAUGAUUGCCCUUGCAAAUGGAGGAAAAGAGAGGAGCAAACAGGAAUGGAUGAAACUGCUUCAAAUUUCGGACUUCAGUGUAGUGAAGAUAGUGGCAUUAUCUGGACUACCUUCAAAGUUUAAGAUCAUUGAAGCAAUCAAAGUUUAAACAUAAGUCAAUAGUAAUUUGUUAAUCAUCAAAAAGAGGCAAAAUCAUAUUUAAAGUGAUUUGUUUAAUUGUCUUUGCCUUUUCUUAUCACCAUCUGCUUACGCCCAUCUGUUCAAAUUCCCUUAUCAACAUAAGUUUUAUUAUGAGCAGCCUACGUGCAGCCAUGCUCAGGAGUUCGAAGACUUUUAUUUAUGAGAAUAUCGAUGUUUUUAUAUUAGGCACUGUUAUGUUAUAUAUUUCAGAUAUAUCAGAGAUUAGAACACUCUCUUUUAAAAAGAGCAGCAGCUCUCUUUUCUGUAUAAGAGUAAUGCUUUUUAAGUGAUAAAUAUAUAUUAAGCUUUUGUGUGUAA